UAUGCUCACAAAAGCAUUAGCUAGAUAGAUGCGUGUAGGUAAUAAUUAUAAUGUAAUUUUUGUACAGCAUUCUCUGCUGCAAAGAAGGAAGCAUCAAAUUAAACAAAAUAGGCAACAACAACUACAACAGGAUAGAUUGCCUAAGUUAUUGGUGCAGUUGUAGAUGUCCAAUUCGAUGGCCCUUUACCACCUAUUUUGAAUGCAUUGUAAGUUUAAGGAACAAGUCAUAAAUUGAUAUUGGAAGUGGCUCAACAUUUAGGUGAUAGCAGAGUAAGAACAAUUGCUAUGGAUUCAACAGAAGGACUUAUUCGUGGUUAACCAGUUUCAGAUUUAGGUGGUCCAAUUACAAUUCCAGUUGGUCCUGAAACAUUAGGACGUAUUAUGAAUGUUAUUGGUGAUCCAAUUGAUGAAAGAGGUCCAAUUGAAACAAAAAUUAGAUAUCCAAUUCACAGAGAAGCUCCAAGCUUUGUUGAUUAAGGUAGUGGUGCUGAAAUCUUGAUAACUGGUAUUAAAGUCGUGGAUUUAUUGGCUCCAUAUGCUAGAGGUGGUAAAAUUGGAUUGUUCGGUGGUGCAGGAGUAGGAAAGACUGUGUUAAUUUAAGAAUUGAUUAAUAAUGUUGCUAAAGCUCAUGGUGGUUAUUCAGUAUUUGCAGGAGUAGGAGAAAGAACAAGAGAAGGAAAUGAUUUAUAUCAUGAAAUGGUUGCAUCAGGUGUUAUCAAUUUAAGUGGUGGAUCAAGAUGUGCUCUCAUUUAUGGUUAAAUGAACGAACCACCUGGUGCAAGAGCCAGAGUUGGUUUAACUGGUUUGACAGUUGCUGAAUAUUUCAGAGAUGAAGAAGGAAAAGAUGUGUUACUCUUUAUUGACAACAUUUUCAGAUUCACAUAAGCAUGUUCAGAAGUGUCAGCCUUAUUGGGACGUAUUCCAUCAGCUGUCGGUUAUUAACCAACAUUGGCAACAGAUUUAGGUUAAUUAUAAGAACGUAUUACAACAACAAAGAAGGGAUCAAUUACAUCAGUUUAAGCUAUUUAUGUACCUGCAGAUGAUCUUACAGAUCCAGCACCAGCUACAACAUUUGCUCACUUGGAUGCUACUACUGUGUUAUCAAGAGCAUUAACAGAAUUAGGUAUUUAUCCAGCUGUCGAUCCAUUGGAUUCUUCAUCUCGUAUGAUGGACCCAAAUAUUGUUGGUGAAAAGUAAUUUAUCUUAUUUAAAUUAUAAUAGACAUUAUACAGUCACAAGAGGAGUUUAAAAAUUAUUGUAAGAUUAUAAAUCACUCCAAGAUAUCAUUGCCAUUUUGGGUAUGGAUGAAUUAUCUGAAGACGAUAAACUCACUGUAUCUAGAGCUAGAAAAGUACAAAGAUUCCUUUCUNUUUACCACCUAUUUUGAAUGCAUUGUAAGUUUAAGGAACAAGUCAUAAAUUGAUAUUGGAAGUGGCUCAACAUUUAGGUGAUAGCAGAGUAAGAACAAUUGCUAUGGAUUCAACAGAAGGACUUAUUCGUGGUUAACCAGUUUCAGAUUUAGGUGGUCCAAUUACAAUUCCAGUUGGUCCUGAAACAUUAGGACGUAUUAUGAAUGUUAUUGGUGAUCCAAUUGAUGAAAGAGGUCCAAUUGAAACAAAAAUUAGAUAUCCAAUUCACAGAGAAGCUCCAAGCUUUGUUGAUUAAGGUAGUGGUGCUGAAAUCUUGAUAACUGGUAUUAAAGUCGUGGAUUUAUUGGCUCCAUAUGCUAGAGGUGGUAAAAUUGGAUUGUUCGGUGGUGCAGGAGUAGGAAAGACUGUGUUAAUUUAAGAAUUGAUUAAUAAUGUUGCUAAAGCUCAUGGUGGUUAUUCAGUAUUUGCAGGAGUAGGAGAAAGAACAAGAGAAGGAAAUGAUUUAUAUCAUGAAAUGGUUGCAUCAGGUGUUAUCAAUUUAAGUGGUGGAUCAAGAUGUGCUCUCAUUUAUGGUUAAAUGAACGAACCACCUGGUGCAAGAGCCAGAGUUGGUUUAACUGGUUUGACAGUUGCUGAAUAUUUCAGAGAUGAAGAAGGAAAAGAUGUGUUACUCUUUAUUGACAACAUUUUCAGAUUCACAUAAGCAUGUUCAGAAGUGUCAGCCUUAUUGGGACGUAUCCCAUCAGCUGUCGGUUAUUAACCAACAUUGGCAACAGAUUUAGGUUAAUUAUAAGAACGUAUUACAACAACAAAGAAGGGAUCAAUUACAUCAGUUUAAGCUAUUUAUGUACCUGCAGAUGAUCUUACAGAUCCAGCACCAGCUACAACAUUUGCUCACUUGGAUGCUACUACUGUGUUAUCAAGAGCAUUAACAGAAUUAGGUAUUUAUCCAGCUGUCGAUCCAUUGGAUUCUUCAUCUCGUAUGAUGGACCCAAAUAUUGUUGGUGAAAAGUAAUUUAUCUUAUUUAAAUUAUAAUAGACAUUAUACAGUCACAAGAGGAGUUUAAAAAUUAUUGUAAGAUUAUAAAUCACUCCAAGAUAUCAUUGCCAUUUUGGGUAUGGAUGAAUUAUCUGAAGACGAUAAACUCACUGUAUCUAGAGCUAGAAAAGUACAAAGAUUCCUUUCUUAACCAUUCUUCAUGUCUGAAGUUUUCUCAGGAAGAAAGGGUAAAUUCGUUUCACUUAGUGACACUAUUGCUGGAUUCAGAGGUAUUAAAUCUCUCAAUAUAUUUUAGCAUUGCUUGAUGGUGAAGGUGAUGAAUAUCCAGAAAAUGCAUUCUAUAUGUAAGGUACAUUUGAAGAUGUCAUCGAAGAAGCUAAAAGAGUUGCAGCUGAAACAACAAAAUGAA